AUGCCUCUCUCAAAAACCACCCACGAAGAACUGUCUGAUGAAACCUGCGACAUCCUUAAUCAAGAUUGGCUACAGUAUCCUCAAUUACGCUACUGUACUUCCCAACUGCUGGCCGGUGCAAUCGUGGUUGAGGAAGGAGUAGCCAUCAUUAUCGACACAAUCGAGCCUUACGCCCGAGAUACACUGCUGGACGCUCACCAUGAAAGAAGGCUGUUCGGCUCUGCCUCUUCUUUUCCGUCUGUGCCUGCAAGCCUCAGACUAGACAGUAUUUCGGUUAAUCUUGGACCAACAACCUCACACUUUGCGCCAUCACAGAAUACCCGUGUGUCUCUCGACAGCCAUUUACUCGAACUUGCCAACCAUAUCCCAACAAACCCCAUCACCAUGUGUCGAUCAUCGUCCAACUUUGCAUCCGCCUUGACUCAACCUGUAACCAUAUGGACCAUGUGUAACAGUAUAGAUCCAGAUACUUACAAUCGGGAACGUGAAUGA